CGAGAGAGAGAGAGGAUGGGAGGGGAGGCAGCUGCUACCUAGUCCAUUUGCAGUCCUGCUUCUUUGCUCACUACGCACACAAAACACAAACACACGCGUCCUGGUGUUCGGUGGUGGGGCGCACAUCAACUCGGACAACAAAGGGACGCACAAGUGGGGGGAGGCGGCUCACUGCAGCCAGGACAGGAUCACACAUCAGCAGCAGUCAGUGUCAGCGACAAGCUCACUGGAACCUCUUUCUUUUUUCCACAUCUACUAGGGAAUAAAGCAUCAGUCAGGCUGGAGGUGACCGUCACAGAAGCGUUGAUUGCUCGCGUAGACAGUACAGCCGUACUCGUGAGCCUGGGCAGUGAAAUGGAGAUGGAGCACUUCGACGACCGGGACAAAGGUCAGAGGUACGGCCGCUCCAGUGCCAAGAUGAACGGGGUGCCGAGUCCGACGCACAGCGCGCACUGCAGCCUGUACCGGACCCGGACCCUGAAGACUCUGAGCGCGGAGAAGAGAGCCAAGAAGGUCCGAUUCUACCGCAACGGAGAUCGCUACUUCAACGGGAUCGUGUACGCCAUCUCCUCGGACAGGUUCCGGACCUUUGACGCGCUCCUGGCCGACCUGACCCGCUCCCUGUCCGACAACGUGAACCUGCCGCAGGGGGUCCGGACCAUCUAUACCCUGGAUGGCUCCAAGAAGAUCACCAGCAUUGACCACCUGGUAGAAGGUGACAGCUAUGUGUGCAGCUCCAUCGAAGCCUACAAAAAGUUGGAUUACACAAAGAACGUCAACCCCAACUGGUCGGUGAAUGUCAAGGCCUCGGCAGCCGCCUCUCGAGGGCCCCCCUCCCUGGGCAGCUCCAAGGCCGGCGCCCCGGACGGCCGCGAGAGCAAGGACUUCAUCCGGCCCAAGCUGGUGACGGUGGUGCGGAGCGGAGUGAAGCCCCGCAAAGCUGUGAGGAUCCUGCUGAACAAGAAGACAGCUCACUCCUACGAACAGGUCCUCACCGACAUCACUGAUGCCAUCAAGCUGGACUCCGGAGUGGUGAAGAAGAUCUACACACUGGAGGGCAAACUGGUGUCGUGUCUGCAAGACUUCUUCGGCGACGAGGAUAUUUUCGUGGCUUGUGGACCGGAGAAGUUCCGCUACCAAGAUGACUUGAUGCUGGAUGAAAGUGAGUGCCGUACGAUGAAGUCAGUAACCUAUGGGAAGAUGUCGGGCUCUCUCAACCGAAGCUCCCCCAGGGCUGUCAUCCAAUCACGCCGCAGCAAGUCCCCCGCAUCUGUAAAUGGGACGCCGGCCAGUCAGCUGUCCACUCCUCAUUCGGGAAAAUCUCCCAGCCCCUCCCCGACCAGCCCGGGUAGCCUCAGCCGACGCCGGGAAAAGGACAAAGCCGUGACUGAGCAUAGGCCGACUACAUCUUAGAGUCGCUAGAAUAUGGAGAAACAACAACAUCCCGACAUCUUUAGUGUCUCAGACUGGGUGGGGCAUUGACCUUUGUCAUCACCUAGUGCUGCUCUGGAAUUCCAAGACUGGCAGGCCCAUGAUAGGAUUCGUGUUAAACAUUUCCAUAUUUUGUCAAAUUUCCACUAAUGCUAAUCCAUAGCUUUUUUCAUGGAGAACUCUAUCUGCCUUUGGUAGCUCAACAAGAAGCGGUGCUAUCACUGACUUAUAGAGAUCACCUGAUGUGUCAGUCAGUAAUUUGUGCAAUAUUCGAUCUAAAGAUGAGACUGACUGAUUGAAAUCUGUUUGCAUCCUGUAUUAGCCACUAAGCAGUGCAUUGCGUUGCAUUUUAGUGUGUUUUAGCAACAAAAUUAAGAACAAGACACAGUUAAUUCCAACUGCUCAUCUAGAAUUACUUUUUUAAAAAAAUCAAGAUAUGUCAUUUUGUACAUGUCCUCAUGUGUAAAUGAUUUAGACACAUUUUAUACUAGUGCAUUUGAUUAUUUCAGCCAUUCUUCUUUUUUGUCAGCUAUUCUGUCAUUGGCCUGCAUUCAAAAAAAUCCCUGUUAAACCACCAAAACUAAGAAUCUGAAUGUGUUUUCUGUAGCUAACAGGGGAGGAAUGAGGAUCUGAGCUGCAACCACACUGUGUACACUGUAAUAUAGACAAAAUACUACUGUGCAGAGGAAGAGCAUGCAACUCAAAUGGAAAAAAAAAACCCUUGAAUUGCACAUUCUGAGCUCAUGUUGUGUGUCUGUGCAAGUUUGUGUGCGUUCAAGAUCAAAGUGUUUGUUAAUCCAGUCCUUGGACAGUGAUGAUGGUGAGCUUUUAAUAUCAGCUUCCAUCCUAAUCAGACUCCUGUUUUCUCACAGCAGCACUAUAAUUUGUUGGAGGUCUAAGCCUGCUGCUGAUUUGGCUCCUUCUCCCUUCGUAAACAAAUACUCGCAAGCUCAGUUUAUGUCAGCCUCAUACAUUCGCAGUAUAAGUGAACCUGCCAUGUGUUCACAUGGGCUUCCAUUUGCAAACACACAGCGACUGAAUCUGUGCUGCAUGACUGUACCAGUUUUCUGCCUGACAGCAGAGGUGCAGCUAUGAUUUAUUUUGUAAUUAUUUAGCUAUUUAUUGUUUGUGCAGGCACAGGGCCUUUUUUAAGGGAAGAAAAAGCAAGAAUGAGGUUGGAGUCAAUACAACGGCAAAUUGAAUGGCUUGUGAAUCAUUUCUGUACAUAAAUGAGUGUGUAUGGCUGUGUGUAUGAGUGAAAUCAGCACAGCAGAAAGCUUUGUUGGGUUCGGUAGAUUCAGUCUUGUGGUACAUUUGAUGAGGCAGGAAGAAUUAAUGGAUGGUGGAGAGUCACGCCCGUAGGCUUCCAUCAGUGAUGUGGUUAUAUUGAUGUGGUAUGAAGGUCAGCCAGAGCAACAGGAACACAUCAGAUUUGGGUUGUAGCUACUGAGAACAGAACAAGGUGAAACAGGGCUUCCACAUUCACGCAUGUAAUGGAACUGGGUCACCAUAGACUAUAGUGCUGCGAGGAAACGGGGUGGCAUGUGCACGCCUUUAUAAACUCUAUCUUUCUGUCUGCUUCCCUCUGAAUGAAUAAAUGUGGAGCAGUAAAUGCAGACAAUUACAGUGCACAGUUUCUGCUGUCUCUGUUUCCUUCUUCCCAGAUAGUUUCCACAUAGAUUCAGAGAUAGAUUGUGGGAGUGAGGGGUAGAGAGGUGAACGAGGGCUAACCAGAUGUGAUGAGAAAAUUUAAGAAAAAAAGAGCCCCUUUCCUCUCCAAAUUCAACCUGUCUUUUUCGCCGCCGUCCACCUUUCUCGUCAAACAUUUAUCUUUUGUAGAGCCUCACCGGAACAGCAGUUAAAUUCGAGUAUUACACAACAUGAGUUGAGUGUGUGUUACUCAAAGAGAGAUUAUUCCAGGCUUUGUACUCGCUGACACUAUGUACUCUGCCUGCAAUGGCUUUGACUGGAAGGAAAAGGGGAGGAAGACUCACAGCCCAUUAUCUCUGCUCUCCACCCUGCAGCUUCACACCCCUCAGCCAUAUUAUGUUGUAAUUCUCUUUUCCACUUCUUACUUUUUCCUGUCCGCCCUGUUAGCGAUUCCCUCCCCGUCCCUUCGCAUCCCUGACAGUUUCUAAUUUCUCUUUCACUCCAUCUCCCAGCUAUUCUCACUUUCCCCCAGCACCCAUCCCCCCCAUAUGAAAGGGUAUUAACUUCACAGGGAGAAUUCAUAUUCCAUCAUUUCCCUUGUAGAUGAUUUCUAAGCUGCUUUGAGAAGCCCGAGACACUAUUUGCACAUUUUCUGUCCUUUUCGUCACCUCUGUGUAAACUCACAUGAAUAAUCAUAAGUGUAGAAUACACAUAAAUCCUUUCAUUGUCAGCCUUGUUAGGUAUGUGAAUGCCUUUCUCAUCAAAAAAAAAAGCAAAGCUAAUCACACUGUGACUCGAAGAUGAUCUUUAACAUCAGGGAAUGUAAUAUUGUGGUCUGAUAGUAAGUAAAAUCUUUUUUGAAAUUUCAGCCGAUAAAACUUUUAAAGCUACCUAAAAAUGAGCCUUGCCUCGUAAUAUAAAGGUUACAAAAAAAACAAGAAGUCCGUUUCCCGAGCAGCCACAGAGCAUCAGUGACCUACUACGAGUGUUGCAUUUAAACAGUUCACCUCACCGGACCCUGCAUUUAAACACUUAGAGGCACUUUGCUGCCUGAAGUAGGCUGCUUGCACGGCUCAAACCAUUACAGCCUAUUUCCCCGAGCAGAAUGUGCAGGCAUAGCGAUGCACAGCGGCUUUUUCUCUUUCUUUUUUUUAACACAUACAUAGAUGUAGGCGCACAGACGUGCACACAUUUCAAUGAAAAAGUGCACAGAAUCACUUACACGGUCAUGCAUAGUGAAGAAACAUCGCUUUUGUACAUGGAAACAGCAUUUAUGGACAGGGAGUAGACUGUAGCUUGAUGCACACUUGCACAUGUUGUGUGUUUUACACAUUUGGUGCACGCUAUGACCCAUUUUUAUAAAUUAUCAACAGAAGCAUGAAGGAGUGGUCCACAUUCACAAAGUCAUCCAUCCCCCCUUCUUCCUCUUUGCACUUCUUAUGAUCCUUUUAAGGCCACUUGCCUCACUGAGAGCACCCUACAUUUCCACAUUCAGCUUUUAUACUAAACCCAUACGUCCAGACAAGCCCACACCCCGAACUGUGUUUUCUGUCAGUAUCAGCCCUGGAGCAUGUACAGAUAAAUUGAGUGAGCCAGCGAGGUCACAGCUCUCUGCCGUCUGUUUGCUCGAUUAGGCGUGAAAAAAAACAUAAGCAGGGGAAUAAAUCAUUUUCAAGAAAAAAAAUGAAAGAUGAAGACAAUAGAUGGACAGUAGCAGCUGACAGAUUGAAGGCGAGACGAGCAGAAGGUCUGUGUCGCAGCACAGUCAGGUAGCUGUUUGUCUGAGUGUACGAGAGGAAGAAAGUGCUAAUUGUAUCUGUAGUAUGUCACCUACAUCCUCCUCUCACCGUUUAGUCAUUCAUGUCCAUGAUCCAUUGAAUUGCAUGCUCCAUCUCUCAUUCUUAUCGUUCAGAAUUUGUGUUGGGUGAAUCAUUAUUUCAUUAUUUGUGUACGUGUGUGUGUGUGUGUGUGUGUGUGUGUGUGUGUGUGUGUGUGUGUGUGUGUGUGUGUGUGUGUGAGAGAGAGAGAGAGAGCGCCAACUGAAGAUGAAAGUGUGCAUUACAAACAUCUUAUUGUUGUCUUAUUCAUCCAUGUGAGUGUACUGUUACUAAAGCUUGUACUUGUUUUUUGAGCUGUAAUAUAUUUCUUAUUUCAUGUCGUGUUGAGGUCAUUAGAUGGUUUGUCCAAUUUUGUUUCUAUGCCUGCCAAAAAGACUGGCUGCACCACAUGAGGAAGUGGUGGAAGAUGCAAUUACUUCAGUUCCACAGGCUUUUUUUGGACAUUUUAUUCCUCAAAAUGAUUCGCAAACUAUUCAGAUCUGCUUACAUUCAUGUUGUUAAUGCAUCUAAAACAUUUUGCAGAGGGCUUCCAUUCACACAUAAAAAUCACAGCAUGCAGUCCAUCCUCUACAUCUUGUGAUUUUGUCAUGUGAUGCUGCCAGCUCUUUCUCGGCUCAUUUGUUUCUGUUUGUGUUUUCUUUGCUCGAUGUAUUCCUUUCCAUUUGUUGAAAGUCACCAUUAAAUUCAUUGUCAUUUCAUUUUCA